AUUUCUGGCCUGACCCCCUGCAGAGGAAGAGGCUACCCUGGGCCUUUGAGCCCAGCCCUGUGACAUACCUGAGAUCACCCUUCUGAGAGGUAGGGCCAGUACCCUGGAUACAACAACUCCAGUUGGGACGACUUGGGGGGCUGGAAGUCAGCUGUUCUCUUCCUGCUUUUGUCACACAGGGCAGGGUUGGUUCUUAUGUUAUCAGCUCUGUGGCCAACACAAGGGCUUGGGACUCAAUUUGGCUCCAGGUAUGACCGGCAGCCACAAGAGGAUCAUAGACACUGAGCUGCUGGCUUCAGGCAACUGUUCCAGCUCCUCUUCCUUCCCAGAAGUCGGCUAGUCUUUCCCACAACUGCCACGAUCUCUAUGGCAUAUUUGGCCCAUUCCGUAUUGCCUACCCUCUUGCCCUCCUACCUCUGGUCAUGUAGUCAUAGUCCCUGGUCUGACUUUUCAGGCCCCUCCUCUGAUGGCACUUUCUUGCUGGAAGCGGCUGGGUGCUGACACUUCCUGUCCCUCUUUGGAACCAGGAGACCCAAGAGGAGGGGCCUGCCUUGGAGAAGUAGAGCCGAAACGACCACCCGGUCCAGGCCAAGGCCCAGUCUAGCACGGCACUGGGCAAGGAGACCAGAGCCAAGACUGAUAAGAUGGGGCAGAAUGUGGAGCUAAGGCCGGAGGGGAGGGGUCUCAGCCUGCGUCACAGGGAUAGGAGUGGAGAACCUCGCCCCUGGAUGCUGGCGCGGGGCGGCGAAGUCCCUCCCCGGAGGCGGAGGCAGGAGGAGGAGGGAGGAGAUAGUGAAGAAGAAAAGGAGGGAGGGAGAAGCCUGGAGGAGGGAAGAGGGAGGAGGGAGGGGGCCGCCGCGCGGACCGCAGGGAGCCGGGCGCAGGGAGCACCGGAGGGCGGAGCGGAGGGCUGCCAGCAACGGGCGACGGGCGAGCGACCCCACAACAGCCCCCACAUCUCUGCUGCCUGUGCCCGCGCCUGUCCCCGGGGUCCGCGGCGGCCCGGCGCGCGAGCGCUGACCUCUGCGGAGGCGGCGCGGGCUCAGCAUCGGGCCGGGGCCGGGAGGGGCACCGGGGCCGGGGGGCGGCGCUCCGGCCCGGCCCGGCCCCGCCCGAUGUCCAUGAGUGCGAACACCAUGAUCUUCAUGAUUCUGGGGGCGUCGAUCGUGAUGGCCAUCGCGUGCUUGAUGGACAUGAACGCGCUGCUGGACCGAUUCCAUAACUACAUCCUCCCGCACCUGCGGGGCGAGGACCGCGUCUGCCACUGCAACUGUGGCCGGCACCACAUUCACUACGUGAUCCCAUACGACGGGGACCAGUCGGUGGUGGACGCCUCUGAGAACUACUUUGUGACAGACAAUGUGACCAAGCAGGAGAUCGACCUUAUGCUGGGCCUGCUGCUGGGCUUCUGCAUCAGCUGGUUCCUGGUGUGGAUGGAUGGUGUCCUGCACUGUGCUGUGCGCGCCUGGAGGGCUGGUCGGCGCUAUGAUGGCUCGUGGACCUGGCUGCCCAAGCUGUGCAGCCUGCGGGAGCUGGGCCGGCGGCCACACAGGCCCUUCGAGGAGCCUACAGGGAACAUGGUGCACGUGAAGCAGAAGCUCUACCACAACGGCCACCCCAGCCCCCGGCACCUGUGAGUGCCCAGGACUCGGGGCUGCUGUGCACAUGUAAAGGGACCUCGUGGACGCCCAGCUGGCAAGAUGGGACUGCGGCCUCAGGCCCAGGGUAUGCUGGGCUGUGGCCAGCUGGGCUGUGGCCAGCAGGCAAAUCCAGUGGAAGGUGCUGUCUCUUCUUUUUAUAAAGGGGGUUGGGUGGGGGCUGGGGUGGGGCUGGCCUCUGGGCUUCAGGGACAGCAGCCUGGUCUCCACAGUGAGCAGGACACAAAGGCAGGCUCUCAGAGGUGCUGGGGCCAGGGGUGGUGGGUCCAUAGUGGGGAGAGGCUUGGCCUGGUCCACACUAGCCUAAAGCCACAUCUCAGUGAAAGCACUGUUUCUUGAGCACCUGUUGUCCAUCCGUCCGUCUGGAGGGGAGGGAUGUGUCAGGGCCUGCGCCCAUCUGCACACGGGAGCAUGUGCAUGGGGCGUGUGCGACUGGAGGGUGGGACUGGAGGGGCGGGCCCCUAGCAGCAAUAAGGAUGUGGUGGCCCCAGGUGUCCCAGCCCUCACUGUGAAGCCCACCCUGCCUGGCCAGUAAAUUCUCCAGAAAGCUCCAGCCUGUGCUUCUUCCUGUCAUCUCUAUCCCCAGGGGCUAUUGAGGUCCCUUCAUCUAGACCCCCACCUUAGCCAACAAGCAAAAACAGCAAAUCAGUCACAGUUUUAUUAGAUUCUGGAUUUAAAAGGCCCAGAUCCAGUCAAGGGGAUGGCGGUAGCUCUGAUUCUCGGAUGCCACCAGCCAAGGCUGUCUAGCACCAGAUCCACUCUACCAAGUAAGGACUGGGCCAAUUCUUGGCACAGAUGUGUGUACGGUAGGAGUAAUGUCCAGGACGCAGAGGGCCCUCUGUUCCUUUAGCCUGGUCCCUGAAGGCCCCAGUCCUGCUGGCAUAGCCACUGGCUUGUGGUACGGCGCUCUGCGUGCUCUCUGCUCUGGGCUUGUAGACGCGUCUCGCCAGUCUGAGGUACAGAAAGGCAGAUGCUUCCCUCUGCCAGCACGCAGAGAGACAGACUAGGAGGUGUGGGAGGCAGAGAAGCUGACACCUCCAGCACCCCACAGCUCGGCAGAGGCAUUUGGGGCAAUGAUGGCCUCUUACAGAGGUCAAAGAAGACAGGAAAGGGAGGAGCAGUAAGUGUGGUCAUAGAGACUGGCUGUCCCGUUAGGUGUACGAGGUGUCCAGGUCCAGCUCAGCAGCUGAGGAGUGACGGAUGUGGUGGCUUGCUGGCCUCAGAGUCAGGUCUCUCUACUUUAAGCCACUGCAUCUUCUGCUGGUGCUGCUGGACAGCAUCCUGCACACGGGCAUCCAUCAUAGCCUCCGUGAGGACCCCAUCCUCAGACGAAUAUGCCAUGGCCUGGCAGAGAGAGGGUGCAGAGGAAAGAAGGCUAGUUGCUUACCCAGGGAGCCAAGGCCCUCAAUCUAGACCCAGAGGCCACCUUAGGCACUAGCACACAGGCACACCUGAGCGCACUAGUGGGCCCAUAGCCCAGUGCUGUUAAAUUUCUCAAUAACUUUCUAAAACAGAAAGCCUGAACAGAGCAGUUUCCCCUCUGUAUACAUAAAGGUAACUCCCUCUGAGCAGGACACAGAAUGCAAAACCCUCAUAAGCCCCUAAGUUAUUCCGGCUCCACUUCCCAGAUCAGGUGUGCGUACACCAGGUCACAUAGCAACCACUCAGGCCAGACUACACAGUUGUGUACCCUACACAGUUGUGUACCCUACACACUUGUAUACCCUACACACUUGUAUACCCUACACACUUGUAUACCCUACAGGCCCCCUGAACAGUGGCUGCUGCUGCCAGGCCCCCAUCCUGGGGUGUAUGAUGUUAGUGUGAGGUUUCUCCAAUCAGAGCCAAGUGGUCCUCUCUGGACAAGUUGCUCCUUUUUACAUGUACUCCCACUGGAUGACAAUGACCCCCUCACUUCUUUAUCCUCCCCGAGGAUGGCACUCCAGGACUAGCCAGCAGGAGUUUGAACUGGUCAAGUUGCACCCUUUAGACACUAUAAAGGGACCAGAGCUCACAGGUGGUUGAGACCAUGCUCCUGCUGGUUUUCUGCAUGAAGCAGAGCAUGCUAGGAAAGGCAUCAGCACAAGGUAUAGAGAAAGCUGAAUGCAAUGGAGGGAACAUUCCAGGCAGAGGAUUUUCCACCCAGAGCACUAGGACACACUGUAAAGGAACAGGACGCAGAGUCAUAUUUAACAGUUCUGCCAAGACACUGUCACCUGGGAGAAGAUGACCAUAAUGGUAUUCUGUGUCCUCUGCAUAAGCAGGAAAACCAGGGACAGAAGACCUAGGGCCCUAUGGUUCACUGAGGAGGAGGUCUUGACCCUAGAACCAGACCACCAACUCUGAGAGGUGGUGGAAGCCAAGGAUACUCUUGGCCAGCUUGAGCUCACCCAAGGCCAAAAGCAAGGUGGCAGAUACACCGGGAGCCCUGGCUGGCUGGGCUGGGUGGCAGCUUUCUCUAAGUGGCUAUACCUUGCCGAAGGCCUAGCAGAGGAGAGCUCACCCACCAGCUAGCCUAGGAGCUCAGGUCAGGUGGAACACAUAAGACAGACAUGAGGCGCAUGCUGUGGGUAUCCUGGGCUGGACCCUGGGUUACAAGCAAGCCAAGGUGGGGGAAAGCAGUGCUGUGGAACAGCAAGACUCACAGCCUGCCAGACUCACAGCCUGCCAGAGACGAGCAUCUCUGCUCUAUCCUGCAACUUUCUGUAAAUCUAAAACUGUUCAAAUGCCUUAAGUUUAAGCACGUAUAGUGGUUCGCCUGUACUACCAGCUUCUCAUGAAGCUGAGGUAGGAUUGCUUGACUGUGAGGUUCAAAGCCAAGCUAAGCAACAUUGUAAGACCCCAGUUCAAAAAUGAGUAAACAGGAGGUCAGUAGUUAACACCACUUACUGCUCUGACAAAGACCCAGGUUCGGUUUCUAGCACCAACACUAGUGGCUCACAAGUACCUGUAACUUCAGGGGGAUCAAUGUACUCUUUCGUAUUUUGUUUUAAGACAGGGUCUCUCUAUAAAACUGGCUGGCUUGGAACUUGCUAUGUAGACUAGGCUGACUGCAGACUCAUACAGAUCUGCCUGCUUCUGCCCCUGCUGGAUAUAAAGGUGUGUACCAGCCGCAUAUCGUCAUCUAGCCUUCAUGGGCACCAGACAUGCACAUAGUGCACAUAAACAUAUACAGGCACUCAUGCAUACACAUAAAAUACAUACGACAUAUUACACAUACUCAUACAAUAAAAAAAAAUCUUAAGAUAUUUCAAGAAAUAGUCUUGAUCUUCCUCAAACCCUCAACUAUGAAGGGAAGGGAGAGAAGCACUAUUAUCCCCCACACUAUCACCACCCCCCUGACAUCAAAGCCAGAUGAAGACAGCACAGACCAGCAGUCCUGAUGAGCAGGGUUGCAAAGUCCUCAAUCAGAACCUGAUGCCUAAGCCCUGAGAGCUGCAGGCCAGCCCAGUCAGUGAGACCAGCCCAGUGGGACACAUCUGUAAUCUCAACACUUGGGAGACUGAGGCAGGAGAGUUUUAAGAGAAUUCAAGGCCAGCUUGGAUAGAGACCAUGUCUCAACAAACAAAAGCACAUGUGGCCCUCCCCACCAAGGGCACACCAUCAAAUACUUCAGUAUUUCUCAUUUUCUGUAAUGCAGGGCAUUAAGCCCAGGAAUGCACAUUGUAGGCAGACAUUCCUAUCACCCUACAUCCCAGCCUCACUUCAGUUUUAAAUGCUAAGAUAGGAUUUCAUUGUGUCACCCAGGCUGAUCUUGAACUUGCAAUCCUUUGGCUCGGCUUCCAAAGUACUGGGGAUCACAGGUGUGUGCCAUCAUAUUCUGCUUGGUAAUGGUUUCUUAAACAGGACAUGACAGACAACAAUAAGAAAAUAGGUAAAUCAGACUCUAUCAAUGUAAAAGCUUUGUACACAGGACAGAAGCAGAUGGUUCCCUAUGAAUUUGUAGCUGGCCUGGUCUCCACACCAAGUUCCACAACAACCAAAUGAGAAUGAAAAGACAAUCUAUCCAACGGAAGAAAACAUUUGUGAAUCACAAAUCUGGUAAGAGGUUAAUAUCAACACUAUGCAAGGAGAAUAGCCCCUUCAGUUCGAAAACUAAAACUCCACAACUUCAAGGCUGAAAGAGGACAGUGUUAACAGCACUGGAUGUUCUUCCAAAGGACCCAGGGUCAAGUCCCCUGCUCCCACUUUGUGGCCCACAACCUCAUCUAUAACUCCAAUCCCAGGGCCUCUCACAUCCUUUAUUGACUUCUCCAGGCACCAGACUCUCACAUGGUAUGCAGACAUAUAUGCAAACAAAAACACCCCACAUAACAAAAACAAACAAACAAACAAACAAACAAACAAAACAGGUAUGGUGAUGCACACCUUUAAGGCCAGCCUGUUCUAGAGAGUUCUAGGAUAGCCAGAACUACCCAGAAAAACAAAAACAAGGUGGUUAAGGUAGUACUCUAUGUUAAAGGGUGUGCGUGUGUGUGUGUGUGUGUGUGUGUGUGUGUGUGUGUGUGUGUGUGUACAUGUACACAGCAAAUUCCUAGAAAGGAUAUUGCAAAGGCAGGAACUUGUGUUAUCCUGAGAUGCAUGGAAGAUAGAGGCUGCAAGGAAGGAUCUGUGUGGUGUGCGUAUGCAGGAGUCCUUUGGGGAUUAGGGUAAAAGGCAACAGCAUCCAGGUCUGUGUUAUUCCAUGGCUGGCAGGACCUAGGCAGCACCUUGGGCAGUUCUCCUGUAGUUCCUGUUCCUCUCCAGAGGACAGACUAGAUGAACCUGCCAGAGUCAGUCACUCUGACCAACUGCCAGGACCCUCAGGGAACAUGCCCAGCUAGCUCUCCCUUGUAAAGCCUUCCUUGCUCUGUGGCUCCUCUGACAAUACACUAAAGCGAGAGAGGUGAGCCAUCUUGGUGAAAAGUUUGUGAGCCAGGUAACCUGCUGGGACAAGCUCAGUGUAUUGCACCGUGAUAUUUAACACACCAAAGGUCUGAGAUCCUCAUAGUAUAUAUUUAGAGAUCAUCCUUCAGAGGAAGUAAGUUCGAUGAAAUGAGGGCACAGAAAGAAUCCCUGAUUCCUUGGAAUUCAUGCACAAGACAAAAAAGCUCACAGAUGCUGUGUAUCAUAUGAAGACCCAGCAAAACCUUGACCUCUAUUAGCCAGGAAAGAGCCUUCUUCAAGGUCUGACCACAUAGCUACUAGUCUUUGUACUUCAGUUUCCAGAAAUGUGGAAAGACAACCUCUAGGUUUUUAAGCAAACCCCCUGUACUGUGCCAAUCUCCCUGUUCUCCACCAUCGGUUGUAGGAACAGACCCUGAGCAAGGGCAGAGCAGAGCCCUUGACCACAGGGUGCUGCCUCUGAGAUGUAAGUUGCAGCAGCUAAGCUAGCUUAUAUGUCCUACUGUACCUAGUAGCCACAAAAUCCAAAGCUAAGGGGUUGGGGAUUUAGCUCAGGGGUAGAGGACUUGCCUAGCAAGCGCAAGGCCCUGGGUUUGGUCCCCAGCUCCGAGAAAAAAAAAAAAAAAGAAAGAAAGAAAAAAUCCAAAGCUAAAUAGGACUGUCCUAUGCAGUGCUAGAAUAGCACUGCCAAGUUUAAGUGGCUAGGCUGUCAUUUGGUUAGAGAAAGUUGGCACGAAGUCUGAGAUGUCCAUAGCACCCUCCAUCCUAUCAACAUGACUUUUCUUGACCAUACUGGAGGCUAAAAUUCCUGGGGUUGGGGAUUUAGCUCAGCGGUAGAGCACUUGCCUAGCAAGCGCAAGGCCCUGGGUUCGGUCCUCAGCUCCGAAAAAAUGAAAAGAAAAAAAAAAAAAAAAAAAAGAAUUAAAAUUUCUAAAUCACCUGCCACAAGACCAAAAACCACACACGAUUUUAGGGAAUGACAAUAGGCCACUGUGGCCUAUGCCUUGAGCCAACAACACCCUUGUCUAGUUUCAGGAGGAACGUGCCUGCCCUCUUGCCCAACUUUAACAUGCACAUGUCCUAAAAAAAAAAACCAAAUACCCAAGAAGUACACAGCCAUUGAUCUGAACUUGUCUGCAGUUGUCUGACAGAAACCGAAAGCAGCAGCCCCUAGAUGUCCCCAGAGACUCUGCGCAUCCGCCCUAGCACCUGACAUUCCACCUAAGCCUACGACAGGGCUCCAGACUUGGGCCAGAACAUGCUGGGCUAGUGAUAGUGUCACCCCAUCCUCCCAUGAGUGACUCAUUAGCUCUUGAGGUAGUCUCAGGAAAACCCAGGGGCACAUGUCUAUUCAUGCUUGGAACAUCCUUCGACAUACAACUCACAACGACGAGAAGAGUAGGACAAGACUUCAGAGUGGGCUGGGUUCUAGGAUCUGAACUCACCUGCCAUGCCACGGCAAGCUGAGCUAUCUCCCGGCCUGACAUUCCCGCCGUCAGCUGGGCGACCUCUGAGCACUUCUUUCCGUAGUCAAACUGGGCCACCUUCAAGCGUCUGGAGGAAAAGUUCCCAAGUGGGUCUGGGCUGCCAUGGCUCUACACAAAGGGGGCUGGGGAGAUUGGAGAGCAAAGCUGCCCAAGAUCACACCGUAUCAGAUGCUUCUACCUGAACUGGGCACCAUUAGUGGGUGGGCUUUUUUGUACAGACGUAGUUGGAUGAGGUAAACUUUGCCGGAUAUCCUCAGCCUUCCUUCCUGACCCGCAGGAGAUGCCAGGUUGGAGCCAGGCAGGGCUGGCAGAUGGAGCUAUACUCUCCCAAUCUGCCUUCACGCCUACUUACUAGACCCAGCCCACAACUACACACUCAGCACCCAGAGAGCAGGUACAGUUAAAUGCUCAGCCAAUGAUGAAAUUGUAAGGGAGCAGGUAGACCUCCAGGUAAGAAAUACAACAGCUAAUAGCUAAGAGCCCUGAACCCAAACUCCCAGCAAUGACAUCUGACCAAGAGCUACGGAAACACACAAAACAUGAAUAGAGGCUGCAUUCCUAAGCUGGGCCUGGGACCUGAGGCUGGCGGGAGGCAGGGGACUUGACCAGCAGGGUGGAGGAUGGGCCCAUAGGAAACAGCAGGGCCAAGCCAUGUUUUCUCCAGAACAUAAAAGGCAACAGGCAGUGGGAGGGAUUCAGGUCAGGACGUGGAGUCUGAGUGCCAUGGAGCCUGGGCCCCAGGAGACGGCUGAAAGCAGAGCAGCCUCUGCUGAGGGGAGAGCAGAGCGGCCUCUGCUGAGGGGAGGUAUGGGAAGUGUACAGCAGUGCGGGCCUGAACCUAGGCCUCCUCAUUAGAGUGCAGGGCUAGGCCUCCUCAUUAGAGUGCAGCUCCUCCCUGUCCCUACACAGCUGCAGAGCAGCUUCAAGGAGUGGCAGGGCAGGUAUGCAGCUGGACAGGAGAAAGCCAUGCCACACUUAGUCAGGGCCGAGGGUGGUAACUGCAACCUCCAAACCUGCUACAGUGGCUCAGUCAAUGUGGGUACCAUGUGGAGGGCACCGCAUUCUCCUGACACCUAGGGUUCAUCACUCAGGCACUUAAAAUGUGGGAAUGGGCUGUUGGGGCAGGCUUGCCGCAGUCCUCCCAUAAAGAGCAGUAAGAGAAGGGCUGACAUGACAGAACCACCUUUGCCAGGGCACAUGUGAGCAUGUGACCCCUCACAGACAGCCUAAACCCCAGGGAAAUGAAGCAAUGAAGCACUCAGACAGGUUCCAGGUCAGUAAGGGGAACCCCACGGGGCUGGACACUUACUGCUUUCCUUCUGUGGCCGGCUUAAGGACAUACUUGUCAAAAUACAUUCUCACCAGGCGCUCCCGCUCCUCCCGCUGUGGCAGGGCAAAGCAGACCAUCUCGUCAAUGCGGUCAUUGAUGGCCCAAUCGAACUGCUCAGGCUGGUUACUGGCCAGGACCAGCAUGAACCUGCAGCCACAAAGUGCACGCUGAGGGUUUGUCCAAUCACGAGUCACUCGGGCUGAAGGGUCUCCUAUGGCUCCUCAGGUAAAUCUGAUAGGCGGAUGUGACCUGGCAGCUCUCCCUUUCCUUGUUCCCUUCCCUUCCAUGUUUGUUUGGUUUUUGAGAGAUGGGGUUUGAAUCCAGAAAUUCAAGGCUGCUGGGCAAGUGUUCAAUCACUGAGAUGUGCCUGUCGCCCCUGACAGCUUUUUAACUCAGGAAAGCCCAGGCCUACCAGGCCAUCGCUACAACUACGAGAAAGGUUGCCAGUAUCCUCAGGUUCUGUUGUUGCCCUCAAAUCACUUUCUCCCAACAGCCCUGGGCCAGGCCAUGACCACAGUGAGUAAGGGGAUGUUUGUGUAAAAUGGCCACAUACUUACUAAAAGGCUGGGUCCUACCCUAAUGAUGACCAAGCUAAGAACAGAAUUAGGGCAUUUGGAUGAGAGAAGCUUAUCUGACCAUAGGCACUGACCCUGCCAAUGGCUUUUGGACAAAAUCCUGGGAGCCAACUCUUACUGGGGUCUCUGUCAAGGCCUAGAUGUUACCCCAGUCCCAGUCCCAGUCCCACAGAUAAAGACCAAGGCCCCAUUCUUUCACCACAUGACACUUGGGAUCAGCUCCCAGGAAGAGCAAAUGCUCUCUGGGCUCAGGCCUAGGUGCUAGUGCCCUGCAAACAGUCUUAAGACACAUUCAGUAACAGAAGUCUUGGCUCAGCCGCACGUGCACAGCUGGAUGUCAAAGGCAUGAGGCAAUGUUCAAACUGGGUGGCCUUGUUGACAGGGACUAACCCAGCUGACUUUCUCAGAUCUCAUUAUUGCCUUUCUGAAACGGGCCUUUAAGAGCCCUUCGCAGGUAGAAACAUGAAGACAGUGGGCUCAGACAGUGGCCCACCGCAUACAUGAUGGUGUGUCAGUUAUGCCUUAGCUCCCUUGUGAGGACCAAGAAGUAACGAUGCCCAGAAGUACUCUGCACAGAGAGCGAGGGGCAGGGCUGUACUUACUUAUUACUGUGUUGUCCUGUCCUGUGUAGGAAUGCAUUCAGAGUAGCCCUGAGGUCUUCACUUAUCUUUUCCUACAGAAAGAAAACAUUCAUUCAGCAUCAUUCUCUAGCCUGAGCAGCAGUUCUGCACACGGCCAAGUUAAAGUGUCCACAGGAGACACUGCUGGGAGGGAAAGGCAGGGGCUAGGAACACAAGCCUGACCUGACAACCAAACCCUGGAUUCUUGCUGAUUCAGAAUCACUAUAGAGGGCAGGUGUGGUGUAUGAGGGGGACAUGUUACCUUAGGCAUCCCCAAGACCCUGGUUCUACCACAAACUUCCCACACUUAGAAGGAAAAGCAACUAAACAGCAGCCUCAGCGUGCACAGCCUCAGCAUGUGCAGCCUCAGUGUGUACAGCCUCAGCGUGUGCAGCCUCAGCGUGUACAGCACAAAGGCCUAGCCUUUCUGUGCUCCGGGCAUAGCAACCUCUAGGCUGGUCCUCUGCUAGAUUGGCCUAAAGCACCCGGCUCUGACCAGUUCCCAAAGACAGACAGGAUUCCAGAACACUCACAGUUGCUCGCUUCCUGAGGAAGGCAUCUGCUUCAUCCACAAAGAGCAGGAGGCUGUGAACCAGAGAGUGGUCAGUCAAGGGGAUGCUUGAAUGCCGCAAGCCAACAUCAGGAAGGUCCCAGAAGCAACAGGAAGUACAGAGCAUAUCUCUGAGAGAAGCUGCCCCCCAGCAAGAGCAUAGGUCAUGCUGGCCCAGUAAAAACAGAGCUCACAGCCUCCAGGAUCCCCAUACUAAAGCCCAACUGCGGCUCAAAUGGCACAUGCUUCUCCUGCCCCCAGGUCUCACUCAAGGCUAGUCAGAGUAAGAGCUGAGACGCCUGUGUUCAGCAUCAGAAAGAAGUGGUUAUUCAGGGUGAAAUGGCAGAGACCAAAGGAAAGGACAUACCACAGCAUAGUAGCAAUGCCAGGGACCUCUGGCCACACACACUGCAUGGGUUGAAGUGACAUUCUCAGCCAACUCUCAGAGGGUCCAACAUAGUCAAGGAGACCUAGGACUAUUCCCUUCCCCAUUUGAGCUAGCUCUUCACUCCUGGCAGUAAGUAUAUCUGAUUGGCAGCACCCUAGUACCAGAAGCCUUCUGUCUACCCUCAGCAUGACAUUUUCUCUAAUGGACCCUUCAGUGUAAGCACUCAUCCCUAGUUGUCUUCAGAAGAGGCUACCCAUGGACUCCCACACAACAUCAAGGACAGGAAAGUAGGGAAACAUCAGGGCCUUAGCUAGGUGCCUGGUGGGUCCCUAGGAGUAGAAACCUAUGUACAUAGGGUUACAUGCUCACCCUCGUCUGCUGGUGCUUGCCCAGUCGAAGACCUUGUGCAUGGCAGUCACACCCUCCCGCCCCAUGGGGGCCACGUCCCCGCCUGUCAUGAUGGCGUAGUCCAUGCCUGAAUGCAGUGCGAGUUUCUGGGCAGAGAGGGGUGGGGAAACAGAGCAGAUGUUCCCUCCAGAGUCCCAACCCUACAGCUCCACCAGCCAACCCUGCCUAGCACAGACAGUCCCCCACCAUCAGAGCUGGUGCCCCUGAAUGCACUGCAGUGCUCUAAGAACCAGUGACAGAGGCUGCCCAAGGCUGAGAUGCCUAGCAGAACCCAGUCCCGCCUUCACAGCCAGGAAUUUUUACCUUAGCAAAUAGUGUCUUGCCAGUCCCUGGUGGCCCAUACAUCAGAACGUUUCUGUACAGGCUUUUGUUCUUCUUGGUAUUUCUUGUUGCGAUGGCAAUAUCUCGGACCCGUGCCUCCAGGCUAGGCUGCCAGAGCAAGAUGAGGUUUGGGGAACCUGGUCUCCCAGCCUACAGACAGCCUUAGGGCAUGGAAGGACCACAGGCAUUCUACUGCAGCCUACCAGUGUAGAAUACCAGACUGGCCCACGGGGGUAUCUGCAUAUAGGUUUGGUUGACAAUAACAUGUAUUUCAGGGUCCCAAAGCUACAGGCACAAGGGUCACAUAAACACAACAGCUCAACUUCCCCGGGGCCCACAGGGCUUCCCAAAUCACAGCUGCCACAGCAACUUACACUGAGGAUGACGCCCUCCAACGCAUCCUGGGGUCUGCUGACCAGCCGCCUGCUGACCUGGUAGGGGACACCACCAUAGUUGGCACGACAUGAGCUACCAUGAAGUACUGCCCUACACAGCCCAAGACUGUAAAAGCUGAGAAAACAGUGCCUGUUGUGGGGCUUGGGUGACUGAUCAGUUGUUUACUACAGAUUUUUAUCUUUCCAACCACCUGUGCUGAAAAUCUGAAGCGACCCAGCUGAAGCCAGAGACCAAGCCUGUCAGAGAGAGCAGAGAGCAGCUGAGCCUAGGGAGGCAGCUAGAUGCCAUGUUGCACUCACACCUCCUAUGGCAGGACAGACUCUAAGCUCAGGUCAUGAAGAGCUCACCCUGGGACAGUUAUAUGACUAGAUAACACUGAUUAACAGGCCCCAUUGAUAUAGCACAGUUGAGAAAACACCAAUGCCGGCACGAAAGGGAAAUCAACCACAGAGAAAAUGCACACCACUUGUUUGUGAUAUGGGAAGAGACCUGGCAAGGAUGUGGAACCCUGAACCCUUACUGUGGCCAUACCUGGAUGGGAUGCCUCAAUGCCUCCAGCACUGAGAUACGGGAGGUCUCUCUCACCAGGGACGGCUUUCCCAAUCGGGCCUCAAUAUACCGUCCAGCAACAGAAGUAGCGUUCUUGGCAGAAUAGACUCCAACAGCUAAUAGUGUCAAUCCAGCCACCUGGGACAGACAAACAGCAGUCUAUGCUGCACCUCUGCCCCACAGGUCAUCCGCUGCCCCAAGAACAGCUAAGGACCCACAGUUGCUUAUACUGGAGCAUGGUUGGAUGCCUGACCACAGCCAGCCAGUGCACUGGCUCUCUGCACCACAGUGUCCUCUACACCACAGUGUCCUCUGCACUUAGCGUGAAGUCCUCAGUGAUACCCUGAGGAAGCCUGAGACGUCAGAGCCCAUCUCCUAUGUUGCACCACCUCCUCCCCCAUGGAGUUGUGCAGUUGGCAUACACUGUCAAAGAUGCCAGGCAGCCAGGCGCAAUGGCAAACACCUUUAAUCCCAGCACUUAGAAGGUAAAGGCAGGUGGAUCUAUGUGAGUUUGAGGACAGCCUGGUCUACAUAGCAAGUUCCAAAACAGCCAGCCCUAUGUAAAUCAGAGCUAUAUAAUGAGAAAGCCUGUUUCAAGCAAGGAAUGAGGGAGAGGGAAGGAGGGAAGGAGGAAAGGAGGGAAGGAAGAAAGGAAGGAAGGAAGGAAGGAAGGAAGGAAGGAAGGAAGGAAGGAAGGAAAGAAGGAAAAAAAAAAAGCAGAAAAAAGUUAUCCCAAGGCUGGAGAAAUGUCUCAGUGGUUAAGAGCACUGUCUGUUCUCCCCCAAGGACCUGGGUUCAGUUCCCUGCACCCACGUGACAGCUUUCAACUGUUUGUAAUUCCAGUUCUAAUUAAUCUGAGACCCUCACACCAAUGCACAUAAAAUAAAAUUAAAUUAUUUUUUAAAAAAGUUAUCACUACCUUCUCCCAAGGACACUGGAGAGUGAGCUCUAGUCAUUUUCCUAUAUCGGUGCCUGGAUUCGAAGUUUGAAGCCUCAAGGUAGGCUGCUACUGCCAUGACUAGAUGUGAACUGCCCCUCUAAGAUUUAUGUGAUGAAUACUCGGUCUUAUGCAAUGCUGCAGUUGGCAAAACCUUCAAGAGUGGGGCCUAGAAGUCAUUAGGUGGUACUACGCAGACUUCCCAGCACCAAAUAAACCUUCUUAGGUACCUUGUUAGAGCAACACAAAAUGGAAUACGGUAAGACUGAAUUGUCUGAAGUACCCCUGAGCCCAGAUAUUCUAUCAUGUCUCACUAGAGUUCUUUUUUUUUUUUUUUUUUUUUUUUGUUCUUUUUUCCGGAGCUGGGGACCGAACCCAGGGCCUUGCGCUUCCUAGGCAAGCGCUCUACCACUGAGCUAAAUCCCCAACCCCUCACUACAGUUCUUAAAGACAGUUGUUAUAGCUCAUGUCCCUAAUGUGAGCUGCCACACCACUGGCCAGUGUAUCUGCAAGAUAUCAGGUAUCCCACAGCCAGCAGGUAACAGGGAAGUCCCUGGAGACUGCGGCCUAGAGCUGCCCACUAGUCUCACCCUUAGGGAUAUAUGGUAGUACACACCGUGGCUGUCACUUUGUCCCAGUCUGUCACAAAGGCACGGAAUCCUUCACCAAACAAGGUGCCGGCUGUCCUGCAUGGGGAAAAGUCACAUGACUUUCUAGAAGAGAUACUGGACCAGGUCAAAAAGAAACCAAUGAAGCCCUUUAAGUCUCUCAGGUCAGUCUCAGAAGCCGAGUCUACCAAGGUGGAGCUGUUAUUUUAAGAGCAGGUCCAAGAGCUGCAGGAUAAAGAAGAAUGGAGGCCCUUCGGUAACUCACUAGCUUGAGCUGGGUACCACAAGGACAGCAGGCACUGAGUUUUGGCUGCAUCCUUACCUGAUAGACUCCAAGAUGGUCUGGCGGUGCUCAGCAGCCUUGAGUCGAAUCUGUUCCCGGAUGAUGUCUGCAUUCUCUCGAUCGGCCUUGGCCCGUGCUCGAGCCUCAGCUUCCACCCGCAACAUCUCAUUCUUAUGCCGCAGCUCCAUCUCUCGCUCCACAGUGGCUGUCCAACAAAAAGGCAGGGACAGUGGUCUCCAGCCCUUAUUGUGGCUGCCUCUGCCCACACUGCUGACAUGCACACACAGACCUAGACAUUGCCUGGACCAGGGACAGCACAGUGCUACAGUGAACAACCCACACAUCACAGCACGCCCUUCUAGCAGAUGGAGGACCCCUGAAAUGGCCUGGACCACCUUUCAGAUGAUGUAUUUUAAAAACAAACAAAAAUGUGGAUAAUCAGACAGAAACCUACUUAUACUGACAUCUAACUAUCAGAAUACCAGAAAGGUAACAAGAUUCUAUAAUAUAUACCUAUUUGUCAGCAUGAGAACCAAACACCAAGCAAUGAGCCAACUGUCACUGUACAGAAACACCAACAAAUUGCCUCAAGCCUUUCCUGACAGACUCCUGAGACAGGAAGCUUUCUCCCUGCUGGGACACAUAUGUGUAAAGUGGCAGGAUGGCCUGCUAAUGAAUGAAGUUCUACCACAGGAGCUAAACAUGGGCAAUUUUCCUAUGCAAAUCAACUAGUUCCAAACCUUUCUGUUCAAGGGCCAGAGUUAGUUCUGUAAAACCAAGACAUCCACUGUGCCUGGUGUCAAAGCACAUGCUAUAAAUGCAGUCCUUAGCUGAGAUGUCGGUGAGUCUCUGGGGGCAUUUCUUUUUUUUUUUUUUUUAAAGAUUUAUUAUAUAUAAGUACACUGUAGCUGUCUUCAGAUACACCAGAAGAGGGCAUCGGAUCUCUACAGAUGGCUGUGAGCCACCAUGAGGUUGCUGGGAAUUGAACUCAGGACCUCUGGAAGAGUAGUCGGGUGCUCUUAACAACUGAGCCAUCUCUCCAGCCCUCUGGGAGCAUUUCUUAAGGGCUAAGAUGUCCAACAAAGCCACCCAUCCUUGGUGACGGCCUACCUCGCCGUAUGGCCUCCUGCUUCUGCACAGAUUCCUCUUGUUUCCUUAAAUUCUCUUCAUUCAGAAGUUGCUGAGAAGUCACAUGAAAGUUAAAGCUUUUGAAAAUCAGAAAGACAACAAAAAACAAGCCAACAAGUUGCAGCUGCUCUGAGCAGGAAUGCUUCUGCCCACCUGAGGAAUCCCAACUUUCUUGGGGCUCUAGCUGGUACACUCCACUGCGGACACAUCUGAUGUAGACCCAGGACAUGCACACAUUAAGGGACUGGCUUCAGAGCUGCCCCACCUGCUGAGGCAGAAGCAGCCUUUAUAGCAGCUCACAGUAUGGUUCCAAAACCCCCAGGGCCUCUAGCUCUGCUGCUCUAUUGCUCUUACUGAAUUCUGAUCUCUGCCUACUGAGAUCAACAGCUAUGAUGCCCCAGCAAACAAAACAGGAACAUUGGCCUGAAGCUGCCGAGCUCCUAUAGCAGGGAGCCAGCAUGGAUCAAAGGAGGCCUAUCUAGGUUUUGGACAGCCCAGGGUCCCUGUCCUCCACCAUUCACUGACCUUGCUAGUUACACAGGUGUCCAUCUAGCAAGAAUCCUCAAGAGUAACUACAAAAAAAAUCCUAUGCACUUCUCCUGUGGGAGUAUCACAGGAAGUUAUACGCACAGGCUUAUAUAUAUGUGUGCUUGGAUACACAUGUAUACAUGUCGACAUGUACAGCACACCUCUGCAUUUAGGCGUGUUCCUGGGCACAUUCAUUGAGCACACAGGCCAUGAGCAUGAACACGCCAGGGAUACCUGAGAAAAUCCACCCAGGACGGCCACACUUGUAUUCUUGUCCAAAACUCAGCUGCAAAGUCUCCUAUGUUACGGCGAGAACACUGCAUGUCUCUCAGAGGUAUGCCUUGCUCACCUGUUGUUUCAGCUGGUCCUCAUAGCGUUGUCGGGCUAGCUUAUCCUGGUACUGGGCCCUCUAGGGAAGAGGACAGAAGUAAAGACCCACUCUGGCUGGAGAAGCCACUGGAAGAAUCAGAGAACACCAUCUGGACCUACCCUGGAGUGGCUGCUGAGGCCAGCUACAGAUGAGCCGCCACCUUCUAGGAAUACGCGGAUACACAGUGGCUCUGGACCAAGGAGUCCAUGGGCUCGGGCUGUUGUCUUUUAUUUUUACAGUAGCGGUCUAGGUCUCAGUACAACAGCCACCACUCAAUAAACCCUUGGCAAGUCAGUGACCGAAAGAUCCAGAGGGCAUCCCACCGUCUCACCCCCACUCAUGCCUGUACUUACAGCCUGGUGCUGCCGCGUCUCUUCGUUCAGGGUUUUCCUUCUUUCCUCGGCUUGCACGCGGAUCUGCUCGCUCUUCAGCUGCUCUACGGCAGCUUCAUAUUCCUACGGAACACAGGAGAACCUGUGUAAGACUCACGCCCUUCACAGCCCAGCCCAUCAUGCUGUAGAUUAUACAAUGACAGCAUCGAAGGGCAUGCCGACAGGUCUAUGCGACAGGCUGGGCACUUUCAGGAGGCCCGCAUACCCCUAAGUGGGCUCACAGCCCUAGGCAAGACCAGGCCCAGAGAGAUCAGGAUGUAAUUCACCUCUUACCCUGAGCUCAUGCUACAACCAUGUUGUACAAUAAUCAAGGACUAAAGAUGGAGCCUGUUUUGUGCUCACGGAAAUCCCUGGCAUCAAGUGUUCUUUUUGGUUUUUGUUGUUUGCUUUUCGACGUAGGAUAUCUGUGUAGCCCUGGCUGUCCUGGAACUCGAAAGGUCCACCUGCCUGUCUCCCAAGUGUUGGGAUUAAAGGCGUGUAUGACCUCGUCCAGCUUCAAGGGUUCUUCUGAGCACAGAGAAAUACAAUUUAAAAAAAUCAGGCAUGGUGGCAUGUACCUGUAACCUAGCACUUAAGAGGCUGAGACAGGGGUUGGGGAUUUAGCUCAGUGGUAGAGCACUUGCCUAGGAAGCGCAAGGCCCUGGGUUCGGUCCCCAGCUCCAAAAAAAAAAAGGCUGAGACAGAGGGAACACUGAGAGUCUGAGGCCAGCUUGGGAUACAUAGAAAAACUCUCAGCCAGGGGUAUCCUGAAACAUGGAAUACAUAGUCCCAGCACUCGAGGUACAGCAGACAGAGCUCUGAUUUUGAGGCUAGCCCGAUCUAUAGAGUGAAACCAGGAUAGCCAGGGGUAUACAGAGAAACUCUGUCUUAGAGAGAAGGGGGGGGGACCCCAUCACAAAACAAAACCCUAAAAAUUUAAAGAUCCCUUGCCUUUAAAUCCAGACACUCCUCACCUACAACUUCCCUCUCAGACACCUCUCUACCACAGGGUCACAGCCAUAUAUGCCCAGCUUCUAGCCCUUACAUCCCCCCAUUCCUUCAUAGAGUGGAGGACACAUCCACAGUCUAGUCAUCUGUGUACGGGACCUCUCACACCCUCAUGGCACUAGCCCACAGCUCACCUUGAGCUUAGACUGUUGUUCCAGCUGCAGUGUCUGCUCCUGCAUCUGUGCAAGAUUCAGUGCCUCCUUGGCAUGGCCUGUAGAGUACAGGGGAGUUGGAGAGAGGGAAUUAGCAUGCUGCCAACGGACAUAUCUGUGUGACUAAGAAUGGAAGCUCUCACUCAUGCCAAGGGGCUUUGUGAGAAACCACAACACUCAGUCUUUGGUCAUUCAUGUGCCUUCUCGGCCAGCCUCAAUUGCCUACCCCUGUCCAUACUCACAAUAACCACUCCUUUCAAAGCUGCUGCCCCAUCUCCAACAGAGAGCCUGGUAAGUAUAUACAUCGUCCAGCCUGUGAAAAGCCCUAGGCUCCCCGGCACCACACACAAUCAAGAGUCACAUACCUGUGACCUAGUUUCGGAAGUUGGAUGUCAAAGGAUCAGGUGCCCAGAUCGUCCUUAGCUGCACAGCAAGUUUGAGGACAGCCAGUAGCCAUAAAACUUUGGGGGUUGGAGGGGAGCAUGUAAGAGCUUAGCAAGAGCUCAAAGUCCUACCCCCAGGGGAUCAUCUCAUUGCCAAGAGACCCAUCAGAAAAACCAGCACACUCAUUCAGCAUCAGGGUGUGAAACAAUAACAGGUCAGGCAUUUUUCAAUUAGGGAAGCAGAGCUCUAGCUGGUGUCUAUAUCUGUAACCAUUAAGGAUGUUUAAAAAGAAUAUGUAGGCAAAAAAGGAUGAGAAAGAAUCUGAUAUCAGACAAUGCACCUUGGUUAUAAAUAUCUUCUACAAGUUUUGUGUGUCAGGGAGCACUGAUGUUUGUCAAUGCUUAGUGGGGAAAACUUUAUUACAUUCUAAAGCGGUCUUCAUGAUAGUUUUCCAUUACUAAUAGUUUAUUGUAAAAAAUGUUUAUCACAAAAAUAAACAAGACAACAACAACAACAACACAACAAAAACCGUGGGAGUGAAGAUCACCAAGGAAACCCAUACUUAAUACAAUAAUGUCCUGGUCUUGCUUUUGUUAACCCUUACAUUCUAUCCCCAUGACUUUUCUUAUAUUUUUGAAGUCUUCAAAGUCAGCUGCAAUUUCUUCAUGCUACUUUCGAACGUAAAGAUCACAUUGUUAGUCAGAGCUUUACAACUGUUAGUGAUAAGGGUAUCGGGAGGGAAAAUGGCCCAAGAUGGGAGACAGCAUGGUUUGAGCAUUUCACAGGUUUAGAUGACCAUGGCAACGCCUUCACAUUUGGGAUCAAUUUAGACAGAAGGUGCAGUUUGGCAUGAACUGUACCAAAGGGCAACAGUGUCAGAACUUGGGAAGGACCUUCCAAGCCAAUCUCCUUCUAGACCCUCUGGUCUUCAGUGACCAGGACAGAAGACAAAAGAAUGAACACCUGAGGAGAAACAGCAGCAAGGCACAGCCCUACACCAAUUCAAAUAGUAAGCUUCGAACCCAAGUCGAGCAGACUAUGACAAGGGCCUUUAACACAAUGUCUCUCUGACAGGAAAGGGCUGGGGAGAGAAGCACUCGUUGGGGCCUCAUCUCAGCAUAGUAGGAAGGAACGGAGAUGUCACAGGCAACAAAGCUGGGCCAACCCCCAGUUCCCGUUUAUUCUUCAUGUGGCUUUGGCAAGCUGGGCUACCUCCUCUGAGUCCAUUUUCUUGUGAAAUGAGUCAGAACAGGUAAACUUCAGAACAGGUUCAGUGCCCACCUGAGACUGCCCUAGAAGAAAAGGGCACGGAUAGGGACAUGCAGAACCCAUGGAAGUUGUUGCUGGCCCAGAAAAGAGAGCUCUGUUAAAGCAGGCACUGAACCUAGGCAGGGAAUGUUCUGGGCAAGAGCUCCAGGGCUGCCAGUGCAGGCAUCUGGAGAGCAUUUACUUACAAGAGUAGUCAGGAUAGAGUAGUCAAGAGUAGAAGGGCUGGAACAGCUGUUCCCCAUAGUCUGUAACGGCCUGUAUUAGUGAGACUAAUAGCCAAGAUUCAACUCUGAAAUUCUAGGUGUGUCUAAAGAGUGAUCUUCCCAACCCAGGAGUUAACAAGAAGUGUCCCCUACCUAACAGUGUAACAAGACAUUGGAUGAUCUGUCAAGUCUUCUAACACUGGAAAUGCCUUGAAAACCAGCCAGUUGUUCUCAUUUCAACCCAACCAUUGAGAUUAUCUAGCAAACAUAAUAGAUCAUUUACAAAAUUAUUUGCUCUGCUGGGCCUCAAGAGACAGGUGAUCCUGGUCCCACAUCUUUGAAUGUCUAUAUGGAGAUUUGAGUCAGUGGGGCUCAGAGACCAUUGCCAGUACCCUGACUAUCCUGGAACUCACUGUAUAGAUCAGUCCAGCUUCGGAUUCAGAGAUCUGUCUGUCUCUGCCUCCCAAGGGUUGGAAUGAAAGGCAUCAGCCACCACACCCAGAUCAAGACUUUUUUUUUUGCCCCACAAGAGCAGAGAAUUGACUCACCAAGUGCCAGACCCUCUCUCAGAGGCUCUGCAUAUUAUAUCUAUUUAAAGUAUAGGGGUUGGGGAUUUAGCUCAGUGGUAGAGCACUUGCCUAGCAAGCACAAGGCCCUGGGUUCGGUCCCCAGCUCCGAAAAAAAAAAAAAAGAAUAAAAAAAAAAAAAGUAUAGCUUUCUAUUGUAUCUUUCAAAAAACAGAAUCCAUGCACAAAAACAAUCGAGAAUGACAACAUCCUUCAAUCAGAAUUUAUUCAACACCUCCUACAUUUCAGGCUAUUUGAAAUUUUUUUAUGUAUUUUUAUAUAUGUAUUUUGUACAUACACAUAUAAGUAUGGACGUGCCUGGUACCCUCAGAAGCGAGAAGAGGUCCUUGGAACCCCUGCGACUGGGGUUACAGAAGGUUUUGGGCUGCCAUAUAGGUGCUCAGAAUUGAACACAGGUCCCCUACAAUAGCAACAAGUGCUCUUAGCCAUUGAGCCAUCUCUCCAGCCCCAUAUGUUAGGCUCUUAAAAAGAUUUUAACUAGCUAGGCAGAGUGGCACAUGCCCUUAAUCCCAACACUCAGGAGGCGGUGACAGGUGAAUCUCUGUGAUUUCUCUGACGGCCUGGUCUACCUGAGUCUCAGCCAGGACUGCACAGUCUUUAUAAAAACAACAACAACAAAACAAGCCAACAAAACAAAAUAAGCAAAAAUCUACCUUAUGUUUCAUUUUGGCACAAACUGUCAAAAUCAAACCAAAAAGUCCUGGGCUCUGGGAUCCAGUCAGUGAUAAAACCUGUCUCAGAGAGGAUCCACUUUCACAGACACCCUCACCUCAUGUUCCACAGUGGAAUGCUAUCAUCCAAUAAUAAACACAAAAUCUAUCUUCUUGCUAAAACCAAACGCCUUUCGAAAAUGCUCCCCUUAGUAAGUGGGAGAUUACUAUCAACUACCACGACACUGGAUCGCCUGAUCUGGUUGUGACUUUUGGCCUACACCACGUGGAGGCGGCAAGAGAGCACAGCGGUAGCUAAGGCCAACAUUGGCACAGGGUCUCACCUACAUCCUACGUGUUGACAGCCGCAAGUGCAAGAGGGUGGCAGGAUCUGGGUCUCCCCAAAUGCAGGACCGCUAUGACCAAAUGUCUCAUAGCGGCCGUUCAGGUCACCUGAAAGGUAUACGUGCAGACGACCACCGUGCUGCUAAGAUGUCAAGAGGACCAAAGUCGCAAAGGCAGCUAGUGCCUCCGAGAUGAACCUCCCAUUUCCAGGGCCGCGGUCCGCCAAGCCCAGCCCGCGUACUCACGCGAGUGCUCCAACUCGCGCGCCGCUUUGGCCGCACGCUCCAGGCCCGUCGGGUCGAAGUUGCUCCAUUUGUCCUUGGGCGAUGGCCGAUCUCCCGCACCACGGUCGCCGCCACUUUCCGCCCCAGGUUGGGCGGGCGGCAAGGGCAGCGGAGGCCCUGUGCCUUCUCCCUUGGGGCCCUUGAUGCCGAAGAGCCACGACAUGAUCUGCAAGCUCCGCGCGCCCUCGGUGGACCGUACUCGAGCGUGACUCUCGGGACUACUAGCAAUCACCACGCGCCGCGGGCGCGACUAACUGCGCAGGCGCGACACACACCCCUUCCUUCUCGACAACGGAAACUUAGGAAGGCCAAGGGGCUCUCGGCCACUGGAUUGGCCGCUGAGGCAGGGACGCCAUUGGCAUCGGAGGCGCGAUUUGUCCAGCAGUCUAAGGAGGCGGAACUGGACGGAACUCCUGGACCAAGAGACUAGGAACAAAGUUUUCGCGGCAUUAAUGGAGACGCCCCAGCCACAGAGGCCAGGGAAGAUCAGAGACACUGGACUCACACCUCGGAGGGUCGGAACUCUUCUGCUGUGAGUCCCACCUAAGGAGCAGGAGAGGAAGGGAACACCUGAAGGAGAUGGUGGGGCUCCCGGAGCUAAUCUCUUCCGGACUCGCGUUGCCUCAGGUCAUGGCAUUCAAGGGCGGGGUAACGGGGUGAGGCCGCUAGCCCGGCGCCCCAAGACUGCCCGCCUGACCCUGCUGUGACCCCACGCUUUCUCUGAGCCGAAUUCUUGCAAAUCUGUAGGCGUCUCUACGUCUCUAGGCCAGUGGUUCCUACAGCCAAGCGUGAAUAAGAGUAAGAGAGAAUAACGGCAGAGACUUAGACGCAGUUGGCAAGCAGUCCUGCAGGCUUCUGCUACUAUUGCUCAGGCGGUAUCCUGAGCCCCUUCCUCUUUGGUGUUUUGGCAACCCACUGUGGCCAUUGGCAUGCUGCUUCGCAGUACAAGCCAGAAAGCCAAGCAGACUCCCAAAGCCUGCAGAGGGCACACUACACUGAGCUACUUAGAGUGAGGGCUGGUGCUCCAGGCUUGUGGUUGUUAGCCAGUAAGCGCUCCUUGGGAACCUGCUGAGCCAGGUGCCUGCUCUGAACCUAGGGGCUGGUUGACCUAACCUUUGGGCGAGAGGAAGCAAGCAUGGACAGAGGCAGUUGUCACUAGGGAACCCACAUUCCUCAAAGUCAGCGUCUUGGUUCCGGGCAUCUUUCAUUAAACUGGUUGAGUCCACAAAA